GACGCAUGCGCUGCCCUUUCACUUGUGUAAAUGGCGACAUGUGCUUGUAGAAAAAGCUGGGUUUCUCUUGCCAUGUAUGUCAACAAGUUAAUUCAGUGACAUUUUCUUAUUUUGUGUAUUGUGGUGAAGGAUAUAUUGACUGACGUGUUUUUCCAUGUUGGAGUUUAAUUCAUAUAAACUAGAAAAGUAGAAUAUUCUAAUGUUGCAGAACACCAUAUGAAGACAACGUGGCCUCUGUAUUUCGGAUUUGGAAUACAAAAGACAGGGUGUUGUGACAUUCAAGGAGAGCAAAUAGCAUUCAAAGUAAAGUGAAAGAGGUGUGAUAUGUGUUAGCAUUAUAAUCACCACACAAAAAUUGGAGAUUGUGACACUAUAUUUUGGGUCGAAGAAACUAUUGCAUUAACGAAUGUCAAAGCGAGGCUCUGUACUAACGUGACAUUCUCGGUUUGUUUACUAUUUCUGACCUACAGUAACGCAGUGUCUCUGACCAUUACAAACAGUGAAAACACUAAAAUGCAAGUGAAUUGUAAUAAUUUCGUUCAUUAAACGACGAAUUCGGUGUCGAACUUUGAAAUUACUAAUUGUAAACCUGUCCAUCUGGUAAAACAUCAGUUGAGCAGAAGAAAACAUGGCGGCUGUUAGUGUUGGUAAUGCCACCACCUCAAAUGAGAGUUUUCACUCAGAAAAGAACACUGUCACUCGUCAAAGCAGUGAUCCAGAGUUAGAGCGACCCAAUCCUUGGAAAAAGAAGGAAACUGUGCCUUCUGAACCCAUUGAAAAAGUGAAAGAAGUGCCCCCAGCAGCAGACCCCUUGAAGGAAGAAGGAGAAACCAAGGGAGAGAAAGGGGAAAAGGAGGCAAAGGAGCUGAAAGUAAAGAAGUUUGAUAACAAGACUUAUGUGGAGGCACCAUUACCCAAAACCAACCCUUGGAAUAAGGGAAAGAAAAACCCAGCUGGUCCUGCCUCACCGAAAGCAGCUGCUGCAAAACCCCCAAUUGUGGAACCAGAACCUGUUGAUGUCCCCAAACAAAAACCAGUCCAGCCGGAUGUGGAAGUAGUUAAAGAAAAAACAGAAAAGGCGUCGGCACCUCUAAGUGAUGAAAAUUGGCCAGCACUUACGGAAGUAACCGAGGUUUUGGUUCCAAAGAAAUCAAUUGCCAUGAAAUCGACCACUGGUCAACAGACUCCACAAACCAAUGGCCCUCAACAGGUUUCUUCUGAUUCAGGGGGAGAUGACUCCUCCAAGGAAAACAAGGAAGUGAACUCUUCUGGCGAGGACUCACAACAGCAGUUAAAGAGGAAAGGCAGAGUUGCCUCGAAACAGAAGUGGGUGCCAUUAGACAUAGAGACAAAGAGAAGGAGUCGAAGUCAUGGCCGUGUGAAUCCUAGAGAAUCCAGAAGAGGAGGAAAAGAUGACAAAGUAGGUGCAGACAGCAAAAACUGGAGGGAAGACAUGAGACCACCCAGCCCAAGGGAAGGGCGAGGUUUCCGUGGAUAUGGAUUUCGAGGUCGGGGUAGAGGUCGUGGUAGGGGUAGGGGUGGCAGGGGAAGAGGAAUGGAGCAGACAGUAGAGAAUUUGACAGGACAAGAUUUUAAGUAUUCCUAUGAUGGCGAGCAGUUUUAUGCUGACCCAGCAUCUGUCAGUCCCACAGCUGGGGUCUCUUCCUCUGGAUUUGGAACUGUCUAUUUCAAUAAUCCCUACACUGCUGAUGAAACUACACUCAAAGAAUUAAUUAAGAAACAAAUUGAGUACUACUUCAGCGAUGAGAAUUUGCAGCGUGACUUUUUCUUGAGACGAAGGAUGGAUCCUGAGGGGCUGAUUCCCAUCAGUCUUAUUGCCAGCUUCCAUCGAGUUCAGGCUCUCACACAAGAUGUCAACCUUAUCAUUAAGGCCCUGAAGGAAAGUGAGACAUUAGAGGUGUCAGCAGACAAUUUGAAAGUCAGAGGAAAGGUACAACCAACAAAAUGGCCACUGCAGGGUCCUGUAGGAAUGACCGUUACGUCUAACCUUCACGCUGAUGUUCCCGAGUUUGUCCCUGGCAAGGCUUAUGCAUUUCAUCCGGACGACAGUGGAAUCUCUCACGAUGCUGACGAUAUCCAUGACAAUGGGGGUGGGAUCAGGUCAUUUAUGGAUGACCUGACGGACUACGAUCCUAUUGGACAUUCAAUUUUAUCCUCCAGCGCUCCAGAAUUACAUGGAGAAUGGAUGGAGGUUAAACGGAAAGUGCGACUUGCCAAGAAGAAAGAGGAAAAAGAUAGCGAAGCUGAUGUGUCUACAAAAGGAGACGAGAAAGAGGAAUUAGAUUUUAUGUUUGAUGAAGAAAUGGAUGGGCUAGAAGUGGGUCGCAGAAAUCACUUUUCAGAAUGGUCUGAUGAAGAUUCAGAUUAUGAAAUCACAGACCAGGAUGUCAACAAGAUUUUGAUAGUUACACAGACCCCACCUGCCAUGAAAAGGCACCCCCAGGGGGAUCGUACUGGAGACUUUAUCAGUCGAGCCAAAAUGACAGCCAACAUGACUAAGGUCAUUAAUGAUGGUCUCUUCUACUAUGAACAGGAUCUCCAAGAGACUUUGGAGACGGACUUUGGUCAGUUUCGUACAGUCAAUGUUAUAUCUCAGGAAGAAUUUCAAAGUAUUAUCCCCUUUGUCUCUACUCCAAACCAACAGGUGCCCCCUCCUCCUCCGGUCACAUUACAGUCAACUGCCAAGAAAGUACCUACUCCCCCUGUAAAUGAUGCUAACGGUGCAGUGCUAGCCCAGUCUCUGCCAACUAACGUUCCCAACACCCCCGGCAGACGAGACACCGGUCCACGAACACCCCGCAGUAGAGCAGAUGAUAAGACUCCCAGGUUUUACCCAGUCAUGAAGGAUUCUAUGCGUGUUCCAGACCCACAGACUCCUAGAAAGAAGAAAACCAGACACAGCAGUAAUCCUCCCAUUGAGAGCCAUGUAGGUUGGGUGAUGGAUGCCAGGGAACACCAUCCAUCUCGAUCUCGAAAUAACUCUAUGUCUCAGAGCCCAACUGAUAGUCAACUGGCAUCAGCUUUUGGCAGCUAUGGUAGUACCCCACAUGCAUUUCCAAACUUCCAUCAUCCUUCUCAUGAGCUUCUGAAAGAUAAUGGAUUUGUGUGGCAUGUGUACCACAAAUAUCAUUCCAAAUGUCUGAAAGACCGUAAGAAAUUAGGUGCAGGCCUUUCACCUGAGAUGAACACUAUGUUUCGCUUUUGGUCCUUUUUCCUUCGACAACAUUUCAACAAAAAGAUGUACACCGAGUUUCACCAGUAUGCUGUGGAAGAUGCAGCUGCUGGCUACAGGUAUGGCCUGGAGUGUCUAUUUCGAUUCUACAGUUAUGGUCUAGAGAAGAGAUUCAGGCCAGAUUUAUAUCAAGAUUUUCAACAGGAGACGAUACGAGACUACGAGAAUGGUCAGUUGUAUGGUCUCGAGAAAUUCUGGGCUUUUCUAAAGUAUUCCAGGAGACAGGUAGAUGUUGAUCCAAAAGUACGACUCUGGUUAUCAAAGUACAAACGCCUAGAAGACUUCAGAAUUGAGAUGUUUGCUGAUCAGGAAGGGGGUCGCCAGAGACACACAAGUACCUCCAGCAAUCGUGAGCGCCAUAUGCCUGGCUCCCAGAGGGAAAGGCAUGCAUCGGGUUCCAAAAGUGCCAAAGUAAAUGUAAGCCUUAAACAACAACAGCAGAAAACCAAGGAGACCCGUCGUGAAAGAACAGUGUCGGACUCUCAGUCAGUUCAGAAGUCGAGGUACGGUGGCUCAGCCAAGAAAGACAACAGAUCGGUGACCCCACUGCAGGACAGAAAACCAAGGCCUGAUUCUGCACAGUCUUCCAACCAGGGGAAACAAUCACAAGGAAAACAGGACAAAGCAGAUUCUGUGAAAAAGGACGAUAAACCAGAUUCUCCUAAACCAUUACAAAACAAGGAGAAAAGUGAUCAGUCUAAAACAUCAGGGAAAACUGACCAGUCAAAACCAGAUAGUCAAGCUAGGAAAGACCAGUCUAAACAGGACACUCAUUCAAAAAAAGAUUACCCCAAGUCAUCUGGGAGUGUGAAACAGGAGACACGACCUAGAUCAGGUCACGGGAGGACAGAUAGAACUGCCAAGUCAUCGCCAUCACCAGUGUCCAAACCGGGCCCAAACCAGUCCAACCAGAACUCAAAGCCUGCACCAUCACAGAAACCACAGCAGUCAAACAGUAAAACCACUAAGUCAACUGAUGCUCAACCAACUUCUCAAGCCAAAACUUCAAAACCAGAAUCCAAGUCGUCACCACAGCGUAAAAUUCCCGCUUCAGGUGGUACCAGUCAAGCUCAAACCCUGGCAAAAGACAUGCCUACUGCUGAUAGAAGCAGUGAGAAAAACUCAUCAGCCGGUGAAAAGCAGGCAUCAUGAUUUCAAUUUUUGAAGGAAUAUACUAUAGUACUUUAAAAUGUUUGCCUGUGACAUAUUUGGAUCAAGGACAUUUUCAGCUUUACAGGCAUAUUCCAUUUACAUAGUGCUAAAAAGGUUCUUAAAAAUAUAAUGAUUCUUUGAUACUCUGCAAAAAAAAAAAAAAAACCAGCCCAUAUUAUAACAUUCUUCAUUGUUUGAUCAUUGUUGAUAUUUUUGUUACAAAGGCAUUCUUGUUUUAGCAUUUAUACAGUAUGUUAUUAUUGAAAAUUAGUUGUAGCUUUUGCACCACUUUUAACCUUUUCAUAAAAUGCAUGUAAACUUUUCACACAUGUUGACACACAAUGCUGGUUGUUAUACUGUUUUUCAAGCAUAAACUGUCUGCGAUUGAAAUUAAAACUUAGAUGGAAUAAGGAAACCCACAUGCUUGCCAUUUUUUGAAAUUUGUAACGCGUAAUGAGCAACAUGAGGGCGUAAAUGUGUAACGAAGCAUUUCAUCAUUGUUAGAAAUUUUGAGAGUGUCAGAUCAUUGUGGGUGGAAUUUGAACUAUGCAAUAAAAUUUCUUGUCUGUCUUGCUGACAUUUAAACACUACCCGUUUAGCUCUUUCAGUUGGCAUGGUGUGUAGGCAGAGUUCAUCUCAUUUCGGCUUCAGCAGUUUGUGGCUGAUUGUUUAAAGGAAAAAAAGCAAAAAUCUUGACAAUGAGAAUGUAACAUUUCUUGGAUGAAACUUUCAUUGUUUUAAAUUAUUUGGUUUUCAUUUUGAUUGCUUACACUUUGAGACAUGUCGGCACUAAAAAAAAAUCAGACCUCUGAAGUGUUCAGGAAACUGAGCAGACUGGUGAUUUCCUCCACGAAGUGGUGGACAAUUGCAUGUUAUUAAGGGAGUUCUAGUUGUUACUAUUAAUUAGAUGUGUAUUUGUCGUGUAUAUAGGAUCAUGUAUUCUCAUGUUUUUUAUGGUGUUUUGACAUUGGGGUAUGUUGCAUAACAUAUUUUGUGUAAUUUCCUUAAAAAGGUCAUGGUCAAAUACUAGCUUGCAUCAUUUCUUAAUGGAGAGCUCUUGUGCCAUUUCCCUUGAUGAAUUAGAAUGGCAUGAUCAUGUGUAGAGACAAAAUUAUAACAGUAUAUACACAGUAUAACAGAUCAAUGGAUGCUUGCUCUUUUUUUUAUUUAAAUUUUGUGAAUGUAUGAUUCCAUUCCUGGCCAUUGACGUCCCUGCUACUGAUAUCAUGAAUUGAGUUUGUAUCACAAUGUAAAGCACAAUUUUGUAAUUGUAUAUUGAGAAUAUGAAAUUAAUGGGUUAAUUUUUUUAUUGAUACGUAUGUUGCAAAACGGGGGUUUUCCUAAGGCCAUUAAAAGUGAAUAUCUGUGUGUCACUAUAGGUAUUUCUUCUACUGAAUACAAAUAGUAAUGUUAAUGAUUAGUGCUGAUGAUGAAGAAUUCCUUAAACAUUACAUUUUAGAGUUUCAAUAUUUUCAUCUUUUUCGGCAUACCCAUUCAUCGAGAUCAUUUUAGUGCUUGAUGGGAAUAAAAUCACUUGCAUUACCCAAAGUAGCAGAAUCCACUCUAAAUUCAUUCAAAUUGUGCGUGUGUUUGUGUGUAUGGGAUUGAAGUGAAGUGUAUUGUACAGUUGCUGCUAGAGCUUAUCAUCCAGUGUCUUGUUGUUAUGUGAUGUUGCUAUUUCUUUCACAUUAUAUAUGUCUAUUAUAAUGCAACAAUUAUUGCAUUUAUGUAUUUUUGAUGAGAAAAAAAAUUAAAAAUGUAAAAUUGAAAAAAAAAAGUGAAAGGAGAAUUUUGUUUGCUAUGUAAAUAUUUAUGUACAUUUGGAAAUAGCUUCCUCUUUAUUAUAUGAUUGUGUUCACGAAUGUUUCAAUUCUCUGUAUUAAUGAAUGCAUAUAACAUGUAAUUAUAAUGCAGAUUUUAUGAAUUGAAACUAAAUUUAGAUGUGCUAUUAUAUGCAAAACAAAAAAAUCAGUUGUUGAUUUGUGUACAGUUUUAGUGUACAGAUGCUAUUUUACCAAUUCUCUUUUGUUGUAUGGUAAUUUGAAUUUUGAAAUCUUUUGUGAUCAAUAGUUUCAGAAGUGCACAUUUGAGAUUUCGAACUAUGAGCUGAUAUUUGGACACUUACUAUAUUGUAUGUAUAUUAAACAAAAGAAUAAAACCAGCAGGUUAACCAUUCUCUUGGUAUACGUAGUAAAAUCACUUAUAUGGUUAUGCAAUUCUUAAACUUGUGCUGAAAAAUCAAGAAACCCAGUGACUAUUGAAUACCAUUGAUGUCCUAAUUAUGAUCAUUACAGAACAUGGGAUUUACUAUGGGGAAAGUGUAAUACGUGUAUUUCGCAUUAUUACAUUUAGCUGAAUCAUUGUAUCAUCUGAUAUGAAUAUUGGGUAUUUGGUUUUCUCUUUUAUUUUCUUGUAACAUACCUGGAUUUUCAAUUUUGUGAUCUAGAGUAAAAAAAACCAAGUUAAUGCAAUGAUCAUUUAUUCAAGGUUGUUCAAAUGUUUGAAGAAGAGUAAAUGGCGAAUUUUAAGCAGAUUGAAAUUGUGAUUUGAUGAAAUCUAGGUGCUUUAAAUUCUUUAUGUACAGUUUCAUAACAUUAAUGUGGAUGGGUGAAUAGCCAGCAUAAAUAAGUCCAUACUGUAUGUUUUUGUUGCUUAUAAUAUUUUCGUAGUUAGUAGACACUAUUAAAAGAAAUUUGAAAAAAAAAAUGUCCAAAAAAACUUCAA